CCCUGUCUUCAGUCUCAGCUUCUAUAUAAAAAAAAUAAAAAAAAUAAAAAAGCGAACUCUUUUCCGUUUCUGCUCUGUUAACAUUUCUUCGGAUUUGUCUUCUACAAAAUUUAGAGAGUUUGGUAAAAAUCUAACAUCAAAUUGUAGGGUUUCGAUUCGAUCUUCUCGUCCUAAUUGAUUGAAAUUCUCAGCAGGCUUCAUAUCAAUCAAUUAUCGUUAUUUUGCGGUGAAGAAGAGAGAGACAGGAAUGAGUGCCGUUUUCAGAGAUGAUGUCGUUUUGGUUAUCGUCUGCUAAGGCAAUUUUUGCCUGAUUGCCAGAGACAAUAAUACCUUUGAUGAAAAGCAACACAUGCAAGGCAUAUUUGCUGGUAUGAAUUUGAUUUCUCAGAAUUAUACUUUUCAGAGAGUAUGUUCUCGUGCAAACUACUACAUAUGAUGGAGCAUGGUUAGUGCAUUAGCAGAAGGCGCCCUACUAUUUUUUCCAAUUUAAUUUUAAAAGAAGACAUUCAAGCUUCUGACAGCAUUUGGUAGGGGGAAGGUUUAUUUUCAGCCAUGCCUUCUCUUCAAUUGUUGCAGCUAACUGAGCAUGGUCGAAGCCUCUUCGCUUCCAGAAGGAAGUCUCUACUGCUAGCAACUGGUAUUUUAGUUGUUGGUGGGACGGCUGCAUAUUUGCAGUCAAGGCAUAGCUGUAGAAAGUCUGAUUCUUUUGGUAAUUACAAUGGGCUCAAUGGUGAUAAUGACAAAUCUGACAAGCUGGCUACAAAUAAAGAUAACGUGAAGAAAAAUACUCAAAAGAAGGGAAGUUUGAAAUCUCUUCAUGUUCUAGCUGCGAUUCUUUUAUCUGAGAUGGGCAAAAAAGGUGCAAGGGACCUUUUCGCUAUGGUAGCCAUCGCAGUGUUGAGAACUGCUUUGAGCAACAGGUUAGCAAAAGUACAGGGAUUUCUAUUCCGUGCUGCUUUUCUCCGACGUGUUCCAUUAUUUUUCCGGCUGAUAUCUGAAAAUAUCUUACUAUGUUUUCUUCUAUCAACUAUGCAUUCUACUUCAAAGUAUGUAACUGGGACCUUAAGUCUGUGUUUCAGAAAAAUAUUGACAAAACGUAUCCAUUCACAUUACUUUCAGAACAUGGCAUAUUAUAAAAUAUCACAUGUUGAUGGUCGCAUUACUAACCCUGAGCAAAGAAUUGCAAGUGAUGUACCAAAGUUCUGUUCGGAGUUGAGUGAACUGGUACAGGAUGAUUUGACAGCAGUUACUGAUGGUCUUCUCUACACUUGGCGCCUGUGUUCUUAUGCUAGCCCAAAAUAUCUCUUUUGGAUAUUGGGCUAUGUGUUGGGAGCAGGAACCAUGAUUAGAAACUUUUCUCCUGCUUUUGGGAAAUUGAUGUCCAAAGAACAGCAAUUGGAAGGUGAAUAUCGUCGGGUUCAUUCACGUUUAAGGACCCAUGCAGAAAGUAUUGCAUUUUACGGUGGAGAGCGUAGAGAAGAAUCACACAUUCAGCAGAAGUUUAAGGAUCUUAUUAGCCAUCUGAGAGUUGUCCUUCAUGAGCACUGGUGGUUUGGCAUGAUUCAAGACUUUUUGGUGAAAUAUCUUGGUGCUACAGUUGCUGUUAUUUUGAUUAUUGAGCCCUUCUUUGCUGGUCAACUUAGACCUGACUCUUCAACUUUGGGAAGGGCAAAAAUGUUAAGCAACUUAAGAUAUCACACCAGUGUCAUAAUAUCACUCUUUCAGUCCUUGGGAACUCUUUCUAUAAGUUCAAGACGACUCAAUAGACUCAGUGGAUAUGCUGACCGCAUUAAUGAGUUAAUAGCCAUAUCAAGAGAGCUAAAUAGCGAUGAUAAAUCUUCUUUGCAAAGAAGUGGAAGCAGGAACUAUUUUAGCGAAGCUGACUACAUAGAGUUUUCUGGUGUCAAGGUCGUCACUCCAACUGGUAAUGUCUUGGUGGAAGAUCUGACUCUUAAGGUUGAAUCAGGAUCUAAUCUGUUGAUUACAGGUCCAAAUGGUAGUGGGAAGAGCUCACUUUUCCGAGUUCUGGGAGGCCUUUGGCCCUUGGUAUCUGGCCAUAUUGUGAAACCUGGUAUUGGUUCUGAUCUUAAUAAGGAGAUUUUCUAUGUGCCACAAAGGCCAUAUACAGCUGUGGGCACACUCCGUGAUCAGUUAAUCUAUCCUCUUACUGCGGAUCAGGAGAUUGAAUCACUCACACAUAGUGGAAUGGUGGAGCUCUUGAAAAAUGUUGAUCUUGAGUAUCUAUUGGACCGUUAUCCACCUGAGCAGGAGGUCAACUGGGGUGAGGAAUUGUCUCUGGGAGAGCAACAAAGGUUAGGGAUGGCCAGACUGUUCUACCACAAACCUAAGUUUGCAAUUCUUGAUGAGUGCACCAGUGCAGUGACUACUGAUAUGGAGGAACGUUUUUGCACUAAAGUCAGAGCUAUGGGAACUUCAUGUAUAACCAUAUCACACCGUCCAGCUCUAGUUGCGUUUCAUGAUGUUGUUUUGUCCUUGGAUGGAGAAGGGGGCUGGCGAGUUAGUUACAAAAGGAAUGAUUCUCAUGCCCUGUCUGAAGCUGGGGCCAAUGUCAUGACCACUUGUGAGACGGAACGGCGAACUGAUGCAAUGGUAGUUCAGCGUGCAUUUUCCCCAACUCAUAAGGACUCUGCAUUCUCAAAUUCAAAGGCACAAUCAUAUAUUUCAGACAUGAUAGCAGCAUCCCCAAGUGCAGAUCCCGAUCGUCGUUUGCCAGUCGUUCCACAACUGCAAAGGCCUCCGAGAGCAUUAGCAUUGAGAAUAGCUUCCAUGUUUAGAAUACUGGUACCAACUGUGCUGGAUAAACAAGGGGCACAAUUACUUGCAGUCUCUUUUCUUGUUGUCUCAAGAACAUGGGUCUCAGAUCGAAUUGCCUCACUGAAUGGUACAACCGUGAAGUAUGUUUUGGAGCAGGACAAAACAUCCUUUAUUCGAUUAAUUGGUGUUAGCGUUCUUCAGAGUGCUGCAUCUUCUUUCAUUGCACCUUCAUUGAG